GGGAAGGAGAUGAUGAUGGCGCGGGCUACGACACACUCAGAAGCAGCACGACAUGGGGCAAAAACACACUGGUACGGCACCAAUCGGUUGGGUAGAAUAUUUAUAAACAGGACGGAAACAUAACUAGACCACCAGUUACCAUUCGGUGAGAGUCGCAAACGGGUACACAAAUUCUAGCGUUCCCACAACAGUAUCACAGUGCAUUAUCGGUUGCGUACGGUUGGGUACACACGGCGCCUGUUUGUCUUGUCGGUUCGAGUACAUCUUAUCGGGACUGUGUCUCCUUACUACUAUAGUGUGUGUUUGGCUGGUGAAGUGUUUACGGGUGUACGGCAGUCAAAGUGAUACCGUGACGCCAGCAAGACGCCAUCGGAACAACAAUCCACCUUGCCAUCUUACAAUCAGCCAUCUCUCUGCCUGCUGUUUCUCGACAGUCGACUGCAGCAAUGAGCGAUCUGGAGCGCCGGGAUGCUAUCCCUGUACUGUACACGCGCGGCACACACUACACGGUUGGGUUUGAUGUGGGUCGUACGUUUGCCUCCAUCAUUCACAGUUUCCUAGAGAAGUCAGUUACACUCAACGAAACGUAUAUUCCUAUAUUUAACACCGAAAAAGGCCGUAAAAUCUACGUUGACACGUACGAAAACGUGAACAGAUCGUUUCCUCAAUAUAUCCGCGAGCUGCAGGGUGUUGCAGAUGGUGCUAAGGUGGACUUUUACAAGCUGUUUCUGCUACACAUAGACGAUGUUAUCGUCGGUGGACAGGAUGGUAAUAACCAACCGAUCGGUUGCUCCACCAUCUGUGUCAACGAACCGGACUGCGUCGUACUGGGACACACGGAAGAUGCACUGUCCGAGGUGCUGAAUCACUUCUACUUCGUGUCGGCCCACAUCAUCUCGGAAACGCCGGAAGGCAAACACAAGGUGGUGGAGGAACGGUUUACCUCGCUCUGCUAUGCCGGACACUUGCCCGGUUAUACGAUGAACGCGAACCAUCAUGGGCUGGUCUUUUCGAUCAAUACGCUCAGCGCUAAAACGCUGGUUGGCGGUAAAACACCACGUCACUUCAUUACGCGUGCUCUGCUAGCGGCGGAAAACUUCGUACAGGCACAGGAAAUUCUACGCGAUCAUGGCGUUGGAGCAGCAGACGGAUGUUCGAUUAAUAUGACGUUCCUAAGACAAGAGGGUGACCGAUUGUUUCAUAACGCGGAAAUGGGUCCCGCCACGAACGGUGACGAAUCGCAGCUGAACAUACUGACCGCCAGCCCCGGUGAACAUAUCAUCCACGUGAACAGUUACCAGCGCCUGCCGGUACCGGAGGUGAGCGGUCUCAUCAUCGAGUCGAGCGUGGAGCGCAUGAAAACGUUCGCCAAAUAUCCGCCGCCCAAAACAGUGGACGACGUCGUGCGGAUGCUGAGCGAUAUGACCGCCAAGGAGCAUAAGGUGUUCCGCGACCAUGGUAAAAACCAGAAGGUGAAGACGAUCUGCGUCGGUAUCAUCGACUGCAUCAAGCGCACCUGGACGCUGUACGCAGAAAAUCCGGCCUAUGUGCCACCGCUUGUUGUGCUACCGCUGAUGCUGAAGGACUAGGACAACAUUGGCGUCGUCUCUAUCCCUUCUUCACAUGCACGCGUGCGUUUUAAUUGUUUCAUUUGGUGGCAUUAUUUAUUACCCUAUAAAAGUAUAGUAAGCAAACAAAUAAAUCUGUACUCUGUGUGCGUGUGAGUACCAGUCGCAUAAUAGUAA